UUCCCAUUUAGGAUUAGGAUAAAAUUAGGUAAAAAUGGAUGGUGUUUCACAACCCUCUUUGUACACUGUUAAGGCCAUUUUGAUAUUGGACAACGACGGAGAGAGGUUAUUGGCAAAGUAUUAUGAUGAUACCUAUCCUACUUUGAGGGAACAGAAGCUUUUUGAGAAGAAUGUCUUCAGCAAGACUCACAAGUCUGACUCUGAAAUUGCUCUACUGGAAGGCCAGACUGUGGUGUACAAAGGAAAUGUGGAUCUUUUCUUUUAUGUCAUCGGAAGUGCUCAUGAGAACGAGUUAAUGCUCAUGUCGGUCCUCACUUGCCUUUAUGACUCAGUAAACCUGCUGCUCCGGAAGAAUGUUGAAAAGAGGAUCUUACUCCGACACAUAGAUAGUGUCUUCCUGAUUGUGGAUGAGAUAGUGGAUGGAGGAGUCAUCAUGCAGGUUGAUGGAGGACAUGUCCUGGAUCAGAUUGUGAUGCGGGGAGAGGACAUCCCUCUAACAGAACAAACUAUCACUCAAGUUCUACAAUCUGCUAAAGACCAAAUUAAGUGGUCUCUCCUAAAGUGAACUAUGGUUUUUCUCUACAUAGAUAUGCUUUUAUUUAAAACGAAUGCAAUAGAAUAUUUCACUAUAUGUAUUUUACGAUCUUUAGGAAUCUGUAUUACUUGACAACAACAAAAUUUCCCAGACAAAUUUGUUCGUGUUUUGUUAAAAGCUUCAUUGUUAUUAACUAAAAGUAAAAAUUUGGUCAAAUAAUUUUUUUUGUAUUAUAUAUAAACUUCGGAUUGAACCUAUAGUGAAGUGUUGUCAAAGAAAUACUUUAUAUUAUAUAUUAUAUAUUGUAUAGAGUGGUGUGAUAUAUGAAAUACAAAUGUAAUGAUUAGACCUUA